UUUAUAUAUCGAGUCACGGCACUUGCCUGCUAUUGCUAGCAAGUCUUUCUGCUGAGAAAAAUGGUGACAGAAAUUCGAACAGAUUCUUUGGACUACCGGACUGAGUUGUUGUCGCCGGAUCUGACAGCAGGGAGUGUGACACUGCCAAGUGAUUCGCCGGCAUGGCGGCUCAAUAUGGAUGGAGUCAAGCUUCCAGCUGAGAGAAACAAUAUGAGUUCUUGUUUUGGCUUAGGCUCUUAUGUUGAGUCAUUAAGGAGGCAAAAGAAAGUUGCAGAAUAUUACAAGAGGCAGAAUAAACUUCUCAAAGGAUUCAAUGAAUUAGACUCAUUUUCUGAAUUGGGUUCUUGGCCUGGAAGUUUAACAGAGGAUGAGAAGAAAGAACUUGCAACCAGCGAAAGGAUAGCAAUAUAUGCAUCGAAUGCGGCUAACUUGGCGUUGUUCCUAGCAAAAGUGUAUGCUUCAGUUGAGAGCAGAUCCUUGGCAGUUAUAGCUUCAACUUUGGAUUCCCUCCUAGACCUCUUGUCAGGGUUCAUCCUUUGGUUUACAGCUCAUGCAAUGAGAAAACCAAAUCAGUAUAGCUACCCGAUUGGUAAGCAUCGGAUGCAGCCCGUGGGAAUUGUUGUUUUUGCAUCUGUAAUGGCAACUCUUGGACUACAAAUUCUGUUUGAAUCGGGGCGGCAACUUGUCAGUAAGACUCAACCUGAUAAGGACCCGGAGAAAGAAAAAUGGAUGAUAGGGAUCAUGGUCUCUGCCACAGUAAUCAAGUUCAUUCUAAUGGCAUACUGCCGCAGAUUCAAAAACGAGAUUGUUCAAGCAUAUGCUCAAGAUCAUCUAUUUGAUGUCAUUACUAAUGGAAUUGGUCUUGCAUCCGCAGUUUUAGCAAUCAGGUUUUAUUGGUGGAUCGAUCCUGUUGGAGCCAUCAUUAUUGCUUUGUAUACAAUUGGGAAUUGGGCAAACACUGUGAUGGAGAAUGUGUGGUCACUAAUUGGCAAGACAGCACCAGCAGAGUACUUAGCCAAGUUGACAUAUCUAAUUUGGAACCAUGACAAGCAGAUCAAGCACAUUGACACAGUGAGAGCAUAUACAUUUGGUAUUAACUACUUUGUGGAGGUCGACAUAGUCUUACCCGGAGAGAUGUCCCUUAGUGAAGCACAUAAUAUUGGAGAGGCACUCCAAGAAAAGCUUGAGAAUCUUCCUGAGGUUGAACGAGCUUUUGUUCAUGUGGAUGUUGAUAUUACUCACAAGCCAGAGCACAAGCCAAAGAGUACAUAAAGAUGGGAAUAACAACUGCUUGUUUAUGUUGAGAUCUAUGUUAAGUUGAUGCUAAAAUAAACUCAUUGAAUUUAGAGGAAUUCGAGCUUUUCAUUAAAGAGGGAAUUUUGCUUUCCUUAAGUUCUCCUAAAAAACCAGCUGAUCAAUCAGAGUUGGAUUUAUUGUACUAGUUGUGUAUUAUAAGUUCAAGGGUGUGUGAGAUUUCUCCACUUAAA